AUGUCCUCAAACUCAUUAGAACAAUUAAAAGCUACCGGUACUACCAUUGUCACCGAUACUGGUGAAUUCGAACAAAUUGCCAAGUACAAGCCACAAGAUGCCACCACCAACCCAUCCUUGAUCUUGGCUGCCGCUAAAAAUCCAGACUACGCCAGUGUCAUUGAUGUUGCCAUUGAAUACGCCAAAGAAAAAGGUUCUACCCCAAGAGAAAAGGCUGAAGUUGCCCUCGAUAGAUUAUUGAUUGAAUUCGGUAAGAGAAUCUUGGACAUUGUUCCAGGUAGAGUCUCAACUGAAGUUGAUGCCAGAUUAUCCUUUGACAAAGAAGCCACCAUCAAAAAGGCUUUGCAAUUGAUUGAUUUGUACAAAGCUCAAGGUAUUGACAAGAGCAGAAUUUUGAUCAAGAUUGCUUCCACUUGGGAAGGUAUCCAAGCUGCUAGAGAAUUGGAAUCUAAACACGGUAUUCACUGUAACUUGACUUUGUUGUUCAACUUUGCUCAAGCUGUUGCUUGUGCUGAAGCUGGUGUUACUUUGAUUUCCCCAUUCGUUGGUAGAAUCUUGGACUGGUACAAAGCUUCUACUGGUGAAACUUAUACUGCUGAAACCGACCCAGGUGUCAAAUCUGUUAAAGAAAUUUACACUUACUACAAGAAAUACGGUUACAACACCAUUGUUAUGGGUGCUUCUUUCAGAAACACUGGUGAAAUCAAAGCCUUAGCUGGUGUUGAUUUCUUGACCAUUUCUCCAAAAUUAUUAGAAGAAUUGUACAACUCUACUGAUGCUGUUCCAACUGUUUUGGAUGUUGAAACCGCUAAAGCUUCUGAUAUUGAAAAAGUCACUUUUGUUGAUGAUGAAGCUGCUUUCAGAUUUGCAUUAAAUGAAGAUGCCAUGGCCACUGAAAAAUUAUCCCAAGGUAUCAGACAAUUUGGUAAAGACGCUGUCACUUUAUUGACUGAAUUGGAAAAAAGAUUUUAA